ACAGAGGUUGGGGUUUGAGAGCGACAGAUGAUAUUCCUUCUGGAACGUUUGUAUGUACUUAUGCUGGUUAUAUAUUGAACGAAGAACUUGCAAAUCAGGUAACAAAACAACUAUAUUUUUACACAAAGGACUAACAUUUUCCUUAUAAACAGUAUUGUUAUAAUAGUUGUAGAAUAUAAUAAUUGCAUGGACGUUGCUAUUAUUAUAAGUAAUAAUAUGUUUGAUUUCAAGUGCGAUUUGGAAGAAAAUGCACGAGUUUUUCAAGACCUUUCAAAUGUGUGGGUUUUGAAAAUCUCAUGAGUGAAUGUUUUUCCAAAUUGCACUUGAAACCAUGCUGUUACUUAUUAACAAUAUACGUGAAAAAAUUACACACUUCGAUAACACCUAUGGCUGUGCCCUCACCUACUCCGUUUGAACAUUGUUUUCAUUGUCAGCAAACCUUUUCAGUCUAUAUGUGUUCAUUGUAUUUAAAUUGUUAUAUUCACUUACAAUUUUCAACUGAAAGUGUACAAAAGGUUGUCAAAUAUGUGAAAAUUUACAUUGCCACAAUAUUUGCCGCCAUGUUGAUUUUUCUGGUCUCGUUUCCAGGAUCUGCUCUUGUUUUGUUAAUUGCACUGCAGUAAUUACACUGCAGUGCAAUUACAAAUAUAAUUUCACUGCUCUCAGCCAAUAAGAAUUGAGUAUUUUUUCAUGUAUAUUAUUAAUAGUUGUAAUAUUUAUAUUAUAAUUAUUGAACAUGACGUUGUUGCAGUGGGACAAUUUGUAUUUUAAUUUUGACAGGAUGGUAGAAAGUAUGGUGAUGAAUAUAUGGCUGAGCUAGACUAUAUUGGUAAGAAUAUAUUGCUUAGAAACAAAAAUAAAUUUCUUAGGAAAUAAAUAAGUUUUUUGUAUACAAAUAUAGGUUAUUGAUUACAAUUUAUAGGGAUUACGAGAUGAAAUAUACAAUUCACAUGUACCUGCAAGACAUAUUCAAUAAGUCCUUUUUCCGGUCCGCUCUUUCGUUCCUACCAAUACAGUCAUGUAUAGGGAAUUAACGACCGUUUGGCUAAAUUGUAGAGGUGGAGGGGUAGCACAUGAAGGGAUUCGUACUGGCAAAUAUGCAGACGUUCCUGCAGUUUAUUGCUGUGUUUAUUGCUGUGUAUGGAAGCAAUGCAUGUCGAACGGAACCAUGGGUUGUGUGGAAACCGAAUUGCAGAGUAAUUAAAUCUUGGUCAUCUGCAUGUCUGCACCUAAACUAGGGUUUCAGUGAAACGGGGUGGGUUCAUUGCUUCUUCUGGAAAACUGUAAUUCUUGCUUGUGCCGAUGUGCUGAAGUUAUAGGAAAAAAUAUAAUACCCAGUGCAUAUUUUACCCUGAACCGCCCGACCCUAGAUAUUAUGGCUAUGUUACCACGAAUAUAAAGCUGUUUCGACUAUAUAUAGUCUUGAGUAUACUCAUUGCCGAUUUCGAUUUACUGUUGAUACUGUAUAUUAAAACAAAUACAUUGCAUUGAUACAUGUAUGCAUUGUUGGUAAGGGCCAAUGGCAAUGUAUGCAUCUCAACAUGUUUUACUGUAAUACGAUAUGAUACAGGUUAUAUCAAAAGUAUAGGAUGUUUAGAAAUUAAAGAAGUAAUAGACCUUUUCUCUCUUCAGAGGUGGCCGAAAAAGCAAAAGAAGGAUAUGAGUCUGAUGUGUCCGAUCUUGAAGAAGAUGAUAAUGUUAUUGAUGAUAUGUUGCAUUCGGAUGAUAAUUUCUCUUAUAGCGGCAAUAGGUAAGUAUAAGAUAUAACUUCCAUUCCUAGUACAACCUUACUCCAUAGUCGAUUUAUAUCCUGUAUAGACUGUUUGUGUGUCCUAAAUAAAUUAUACAAUGAGUUUAUUGCCGGGAGUUGAACGGAUUUUUAAACGGUUUUUUAAAGAAUAUGUCUAUCGUUUAAUAUUUCUGUCAAAACGUUAAGUUUUCGACUUUGUUGUUACUGAAUAAAAGAUUUACAACAAAAUUGAUGUUGAACAUUUAUUCACAGCGUUAAAGUCAAUGGUACUAUUUGAGUGUUUAUUCCGCAUUUUCGUGAAGAAAUGUCAACCCAUGUACAUCGUGUUUAACUCGAAGUGCACCGAAAUUCAUAAACUGUUUUCACUCUUCUGCGGAUGAGGAAACCCGGACCACUCGCCAGUGAAUCAAAUUACCGAUACCGGACCAAUAACAAAUACAUAUCUUGAUAUAAGCAUGUAUAAGAUUUUUAAGUUUCAAACUGACAAAAAAACUUUAGAGUGCAUGUUCUAAGGCCAGGAUACAGAUACAUGUUUGAUUUAAUACCAUUGCAAAAGCAAAAACAUAAUAUGUUGUUUGUACUCAACGAUGCAAAACAGUGAACCAGGAACAAUUGCUCUUUACUAGAAGUAAGAACCGUGCAGUUAAGAACCAAUUCAGCCUGACAUACAGCCAAUUGCAAUUGACCGUGAGGCGUGCAUAAAUUAAAUUUGUUCAUUGUUUCAAACUUGAUGUUUAUUGGAUGAAAGUUGACGUUACUAGGGGCAAACUUCAUUGUUGCCAAGGUAAAUCCUUCCUCCUCCAAUGAGAAUGCUAUGUUUUUACGUUGGACUGUAAAAUGAAAUUCGAAUGACUACAGGAUUUGAUAAUUCGAACAGAAUUUGUAGCGAAAUGGCGUCAAGGUACUUACUUAAAGUCAAGUACCGAGAAAAACAUUGUGAAUUUCAUUUUACAAUACAAAGUAAACAACCUCGUAUUCUCAUUGGUAGAGGAGGUUUUACCUUAGCGACAGUAAAGUUCGUUUAACAUGGAAUUUAUUUUCCCCAGCGCCAUUGGAUCAAGGAAUGAAGAUGAUUAUGAUGAUGAUGAUUAUGAAGACAUUGGUGAAGAGGAUGACGAGGUUGAUGAUGACGACAAUGCUGAUGAUCACACGUUCAUUUUUGAUGUGGAUAGUAGUUCGAGCAGUGAUGGAAUCGAUAAGGAUAAGGUAGUAGUAGAUUGUAUUACAUAAACAUAAACUCCUGCAACUUCAUAUGACUUAACAUUUCUAUUACUAAUAUUGUACAUAAAAAUGUUACUUAAUUUCAGUGCAGUUAAUCUCAAACAACAGUGCAAAAUUAUGUACAACAGUUCAAAAAUCUGUAACAAACUGAUCUGAUUGGUGGAAAAACAAUGGGAUCUAAAAUCGACCAAUCAGCUUAAAGCAGUCCUCAAGUGAUAUUUUGAUGCUCAUUGAAAAAACUAACUCGUGCAUGGUUUAUCCAAAUUUUAUUCGAAACCAUCACCUAUACUACGUAUACUAACAUUUCUAAUGCGUUGUUUUUAAUACAUUUUCUAUUUUACAAUAAGUUGCUUUCCUUAAACUUCACAUCUACUGUACCUCAUUUUAUGUAUUUUUCUAUUUCACUUUAUUUUACUCCACAUUUACAUAUACGUUCACUUUGACAUUGCUUUGCCAUUUUCUCUUCAUUAACAGAACACAGAUAUUCAGAAUAGAAGGGAAAGGUUAGUCAUCCUUUGUAUAACCACUGUUGUAUAUGACGUUUUAAGUAUUAGAUAGCGUGAAAAGCACUAUCCAUCUGUAUUAGCGUGUGUCGUUUAGCAUUUUCUCAGUCGGAACCGUAGCAUCGUUUAGUACAAAAAUCUGCUCGUCUGUAACCGGAUAUCCGGAGCUUAGUAACCAAUCAAAUUGCGUGAAAAUCACCUCCCGAGUAUUAUGCUAAUUGUUAAUUAUUUUGUAGGACGCAACAAGCUAUUUUGCUAGCUUCAAUUGGAAGAUAUAAAACACUUUUCCAUGAAUUUUGCGUAAUACGUCUUUGCAACGUGUGCGAUAAUAUGUCGUUACUAUUAAGAUUUAAUUUAAUUCAAUAGCUUAGCCCUUGUAAAAAUAUAAACUAUUAGCACAUGGCAGGGAAUCCGCAACAGCGCAAGCCCAUGCACUUUCGUAUAAGGUAUAAAGAUACCAUAUACGAUAGUGGGUAAAUAUUGAAUCUUGGCGAAAUCUUGCCUUACACAAAGUUUUUGUUUGCAUAAAGGCGUAUUUCUCCCGAAGAGUCUUUGAUCGUUGAAAGAGAAUCAAAAGCGAGUGCUUUAUCACGUUUGGGCACUCCAAUGAUGUGAGUGUAUAUUAAGAAAUUAUAAAGAACUUAAUUGUAGUAGACGUAUUGAAAUGCCUAGUCGAAAUUACCACGCACAAAAAUCGCAUUAAUAAUUCUCAUGACCACGCACAAAAAUCGCAUUAAUAAUUCUCAUGAAUUAUUAAUGCGAUUUUUGUGCGUGGUAAUUUUUUGUGCGUGGUAGCCAAACACGUUGCUUUAUUUUGCUAACAUGAUAAUACUGCAUACCUGAUGAAGUAUCAAAUUGAUCCAGUGAUAGGACUGGAUCAAAAUUAAUUCACCUCACUUUAAGUAGUAAUUUAUGAGAUGUCAUUUCAAAUCCUCGGACUGGACUAGAUUUCAAGUCCUCGCAUUUUGAUCCUGUCCUCGGCUUCACCUUAGGCUUCAACAAAUUGCGAGGACUUUAAAUCUAGUCCAGUCCUCAUAUCAAAAGGUAUCUGAAGUUCAGUAAGUUUUGCUUGAAUGUAUUGCUGUAAAUAUGGCGCCAAUUUUGAAGCAUCAUUGGUAAUUAUAUUUUAAUUGACUAUUAUCUUUUACUUCUGAACCGGUAGAUGCAUUUAAAAAGGUAACUAUAACAGUAGUGGAUUUAGGGAUGGGGUGACCCCCCCCCCCCAGGCUCUGGUCAACGGGGGUGCAUGGGGGAUGCAAAAAUGACGUUUAUCCUAAUUCUAACCAACUUAUGUUAAGGAAUUCAGUUGCGUAUCACUAGUUGACAGUAGUGGAAUAGCCAAUAUUAAAUAUUCUGAAUUUUUAAAUGUUUUGAGAAUCUAAAAAUUUUCCAGAAUGUUUUCUCAGAAUGCUGGAAAUGCCAUUUCAGAGACCCAAAUUUUGAAAAUUUUCUGGGCAAUAUGCCCCCGGACCACCCUAGAAAUCUCGCGCCUUCGGCGCUCGUUUCGACAUUGGUUAGCACGCCCCUCCAAAAAAAAAAAUAAAACUUUGCUGGAUCCACCAUUGAACUAUAACAGUAUAAACUAGAGGAUAAAGCUAAAACAAAAUAAUUUGGAGAAGGUAUACGCCAAAACGAUUUUAUGUGUUGAACGCUUUUCAUCGCAAAUACGCGACAUAGUAAAGAAUUGCAGCUUAAUAUACAAAGAAUCUUAUGCCAGUGGCUAUUUUUAGGUGUAUUUUGGCAUUGAAGAGAGCUGAUAAUGACUUGAAAAAAACCUCGCUAUUUUUGAAACAGCAUGUGACAGGUGGUCAUACAUCUGCUAUUUCUAGUGAAGGCACAUGUGAAACUGUGAAUGGAGUCUCACCACAACCUGUGCCUGAGGGUAAGUUUUCAAACCUGGUAUUUCACACCUCGACCAACGUCGACCUCUACAGGUAAACUACGUGAAGAGUUCCUCUUUUGAGUUUCUAAAUGGAUUGCAAUUUUCCUCAUUUGCCUUUGCCAUUAAAAAAACUCCCUUGCAAUUUUGCUAAAAGCCGAUUAAAUUUUCCUCAGUUCCUGUAAGAAGUUCUUAACUUCCUGUUACAAGUUCCUAACUUCCUGUUCUGUUCUGCGCGUUGCAAAUUGGCUAACAAAUAAUCCACCAAUGACAACGCUCAGAACGGAACAGAAAGUCAGGAAAUUAAAACAGGAGGUUUGGAAAAUUUAAAAUGAUUUUUUUUCGUAUUGGAACAUUGCAAUGUUAGGAAGUCAAAAGGCUUAUGUUGGUCCUGUAAUUGACGUUUUAAAAAAUAGCUUCAUAACCUCGCCUCUGGCUAGUUUUCGGCGGCCUUGGUUAUUCCGAAUUGUGCUGAAAUAUGGUUGGAAAAGCCGUAAAUUUAUCAAGAGCGACGCUUUGUUGAAAAUUCUUGUAUCAAUGCCAACUCUUGCUAUUUUCUCAUCCAAUUUACGUCUAAAUUGAAUCGAAAUUUAAUGAAUUUGUCCUCAUUAGUCCCAAAAAUGUUGGUUAAACAAUAGUUUUCUCAUUCGCCAUUCCGAUGUUGAUGAGGAAACUGGGAUCUAGUGUUGAAAAGUAACAAAAUAAAGAAAGUAAUUUUAUCAAUGAAACGAUGAGCUCAAAAUCGGUCGUACACACUUGACUGCUGGAUACAUAUGCAUGGUAUGAAUUACAAUCUUUCAAAAAUUGGGAAAUUUACUAUAAAACGCAUUUUUUGAACGCAAAAUAUAUAUAAAACGCAAAAUUUGCUAAAGCUCAGUAUUUGAUAUUUAUCCAAAUGUGGUCAAACUUUGUAUACCAACUAAUUUUGAGUCUCUCUUUUCAGCGGUGAGUUCAUUUCCUUGUAUUGGUACUGUUGAACACUCUGCCCUAGUCUCCUUGCCAGCUUCAAAGUGGCUAAUUCUCUGUUCCAUCCCUUACAGAUAACAGUGGUACAAAAACUGCAGUUCAAUGCAAUUCUAACGUGGAUCCUGUUUCUUCUAUCGAAGAAAAGCAAAAUAAAAUUGAAAGUGUGGAGGACAAAAAAAAUUCUGAAGCUCAAGUGACUGACAGUGAAAUGGACCAAGAAAAGGCAAACCCCAAAGGGGAUAUUGUUGGCUCAACAAAAGAUGAUGUCCCCCAGUUGCUUUCUGCUGACGACCUACAACGGCUUGCUGCAAGUCAACCAAAGAGCUUGCAACCUCCCGUGUUAACUAGACGUGGUACUGUUUUGGAUGAAACGAUAGAAAAACUUAAAAAACGCGUCGUGAGUCCAGAUGUAUCUUUGCUCAAACUUCAUGAUAAUACAGAAAACAAGCAAAGUUCUGGUGAAAUAACAAACGACAUUUGUGAGACAUCCAAAGACAUUUGUACGAUUGACAAAAAAUCCAGUAGCCAUGGUGAUAAAGACGAUAGCAAUGACCGGUCAGAAACUAGCUCACCUUCACGAAAUUCGAGUUCACUGUCUCAGUCGACUUCAAGUCGGAGCAGUUCCCCUGCUAUUACUGCUAUUGAUUUAAUAAACAGGCGCAAGAAGGAUCGGGAAGAAAAAAUAUUGUCUGAGAAAGGUAAGUGCACUUUUUACUUUUAUUCGUGUGGAAAAUUUGCCAUCUAACAGACCUUUAUCACGCUUUUGUGUCCAUUUAAAAUAUGUUCUCAUUUCAUAAAUACCAGAUAUGAAAAGAGCAGGUCAAGGAGCAGACUUUAAGUUUGAAAACUGUGACACUGGCUGUUUUUAAAAAUUAUUUUAAUUCGAAAAUAUAUGGGGAAAUGCAUGGGAUUGAGGCCCGUUUGAUGCAAAAUUCCCACGCAUUUACUAUUAAAUUUUUUGUUUUUAGAAACAACGCUAGUACAGUUUUUAAAAUAUAGUCACCAAAUUUUGUGUACCUACUAAUAUUGACCAGCUCAUUAUCUGGUAAUUAUAGAGUGCUGAUAUCAAAUUUACUCAAAAUGUGAUAGAAGUCUAACCAGGUCUGCUUUAUCUCUCUGGGAGCGGUUCUAUAAAACUGUUAACUACUUUUCAACUAUCCGCUUUGUAGUUAAAUUAGUGGUUAACUUUAACCACGUAGUUCAGUCGGUUGUAUAAAAAUGUAGUUAGCGUUAACUGUAUAGUUAAAACCAUAGUUAAAGUUAGCUAUGCUCUAGGGUAUCGUAUACAAACCACCGCAAUCUUUCGCUGGGCUUUGCCUCGUUGUUGCGCAGUCUUUUACAUAGUAUGAUCGGUAUCAUGAGACUGCGCACAGGCUAUGUUAGGUGCAUUGUAAGUGAGAAGAAGUAGAUGCUUUGAUGAAUUAUGUCUGCCUUCAAGGAUCCCGAUGAAGCCUCAGAACUUACUCUUAUAUCAGAUUUACAAGAUUUAUUUCUCGCGCUUUCUUUACCGUAAAUUGUCUUAUACUUUCGCAUACUCAUAGCUUGCGUGUCGUGUGCACGCACGCACGUAUGAAAACACUUACUGGAAAGCAGCCUUUACUGGGGAUUAAAAUUCAGAGUGAAUAGAGUGGAUCAGUAAAAAGCUGUUUACCUGGCGGGGGCGGAUUGGUCAAAACCGUCAUUAAUAUUGUCGAUAAAAUGUAAAGUUAUUAGGAUACUAAGGAUAGUUCCUUUAUGUAAAAGAAUCUGUCUUUUACUUGUUUUAUGGUUUGUUUUUUUUAUUUAUGUACUAAUAAUAUACAUGUAAAAAUUUCUCAAUUCUGAUUGGCUGAGAGCAGUGCAAUUUUUUCGAAAUGCAGUGCCAGAAAUGAAAUACAAUGCAAAAAAAGAAGAACUACAGUGCAAAUUUCUUAAUUUUCUUAAUUCUUUGUUUUUCGAAUUUCUUAAUUUCUAAAUGUGACUUACGCACGUGACUGCGUAAUUUUUUCAUGUAUAUUAUUAAUAAGUAAUAGUAUGGUUUCUCGUUCAAUUUUGAUAGUCUUUGAAAAACUCGCUCGUGCAUGUUUUUUACAAAUUGCACUCGAAACCUCACUAUUACCUAUACAAAUAAAUCAAAUACACUCGACUUUGUAUUGUACUCUUGCUCCAAUCUUGUUUUCAUGCAUUAUUUCCAUGCAUUAUUUCCUAAUGUUUCGCAUACAAUAUAUUUAAGGAUAAUCUUGUAAUUUGGAUUGAGAUCAAACAGAAACAUUUUCAUUUGGCCUACCACGCCAAAACAGGCUAACAUGGAAACGAGGCUAUUGGGACAAAAGUACAAUAAGUCUAUUGACUUUGGAAUUAAAACGUCAAUUGUAAAAUUAUUUAGUUUUUCCUGCAGAAAACGAUUCCGCAAAUGGUCAAAUCUCCAAUGUGAGAUAUCUUAAAACACGUUCGCUUUUCGGAGAGGAGCAUUGUUACGUCAUAGACGCUACAUUUGGUAACUGUGGAAGAUUCCUUAAUGUAAGUGUGCUUUCAUUGUACCUUAGUUGUGUAACCCAGCCUUCCUAUUGUCUGAUCGUGUGCGUUUUCUGGUACCCGACCUGAGAACCACUUCUAAAUUCAUCAAUUAUCUUUUGGAAUGCUGAUUAUUGUCCUUUCCCUUUCCACAUUUAAUUAAUAGUGUUCCGUUCUUUCUUCAGCAUUCCUGCUCACCGAAUUUAUUUGUACAGAAUGUUUUCAUCGAUACCCAUGAUAUGCGUUUUCCUUGGGUUGCAUUUUUUGCUCAAAAGUAAGUAUUGGGUUAAUAAUUACACGAGCACCACAUUGCUUUGUUAUGAAUUCCUUAGAUUCCUAAGCAAAAAGUUCCUUUGGUUAUAAAAUUUCCUUGGAACGCGGUUAUUCUAUUAUUUUGGUUAAUCGGCUAUUGCAUGUUUAUGUCAGGAUUUUGGGAAUCUCGUUUGAUAGAACAAAAUGCUUCAAAUGUGUACGUGAAUUAUCUUGUGGCAACUGGACUCUGUAGCUCAAUGGAUGCUCUAUAGACAAAAUCUUGGUCUAGACAACGUACCAUACGUUGCGAAUUGUUGUAAAAUGAGGAAAAUAUAGCCCUGUGAAGUUCGCAAAUUUUGUAGCGAAAGACUGGGUCAAGUGAACUCUGGCGAAACACAAGCGCAUGAAGAAUAGGAAGCUGCCUAACGGCACGUGCGUAAGUCGCAUUUCGAAAUUAAGAAAUUUGAAAAAUAAAAAAUUAAGAAAAUUAAGAAAUUUGCAGUGUAUUUCAUUUUGUGGCACUGUAUUUCGAAAAAAUUGCACCACUCUUAGCCAAUCAGCAUUGAGAAUUUUUUCGUGCAUAUUAUUAGUAUCGCCAUAGGUAAUAGGAUUGUUUCGAGUGCAAUUUGGAUAAAACCUGGCACGAUGUUUUUUUUCAAAGAGCAUCAAAAUAGUACGAGUCCGGACGACGAGUGCUUUUGAGGUCUUUGAAAAACUCACGAGUGCUUGUUUUAACCAAAUUUCACGAGAAUAUAUAACAGCAGUGGAUGGGAAGGGAAUCUCGAAUAGGGGUGCACCGGAUUUGGAAUUUUCAAAUCCGGCCGGAACCGGAUUUACCGGAUUUGAACAAAAAUUCCGGCCGGAUUUGCCGGAUUUGAGAUAAACCGGUAAUGGUGCAAUUGGGGAUAAAUCAGUAUUCAAAAUGGCGGUUUAUGUUUUUUACUAUUUUUAGUUAGUGUCAGUUUAGAUUUUUGAUUGUGUUAAACCUUUUUUUAAUAUGUUUUUGUUUAUAACUUAAUAUUUUAUAAUAAUAUAAGUGUUUUUAAAACUUUAAAGCUGCCAAAUUGAUGGUUUAUCCCAUUCUUGGUGAAUUUUUUAAGGCGAAAACAGAAAUUUAAAUCCGGCCGGAUUUUCUCCAAAUCCCGCCGGAUGCCGGAAAAUUCGUUAUAUCCGGCCGGAAUUCCGGCCGGAUUUGGAAUCCGGUGCACCCCUAAUCUCGAAGUCAAUUUCUGUCGAUUAUGCGACGAAAUCCGUCAAAUAUUUCGACAAGAUCGUAGUGUGCUGCCUCGAAUAAAAAAAUCAACAGAACUAAAUUUAACGAAUUAAAUUCGACAAACAUUCGACGUCUGGGAGCAGCUUAAAUUUCAUGCAGUGAAAAACUCGCUAGUAUUUUGCCUGCAAAUAUCCGGCCUUAAAAGGUCUCACGUGACCAAUUGUUGCAAAAGGUCUAUUGCUCUCCAAAGAACGCUCAUAACUAUUCCGUAAUACUAUCUGUUUGCUUUUAUGUAGCAAUAUCAAGGCGGGGUCAGAACUGACUUGGGAUUACAUGUAUGAAGUCGGCAGUGUUAGAGACAAGUCUCUUUAUUGUUUAUGUGGCUCAAGUGGAUGUCGUGGAAGACUUCUCUAGUUAUAACAUGUGUAUUUUAAGUUGGGCAUUUUUUUGUACCAUUAUAUGUUUUGAAUUCAAAAAUAUUUCAACUGAGGAGGUACCUGCCAAUAUGAACAAUCUCAAUCAAUAUGACAAAAAAGAUGCACUCUGUAGAAGUCAUAUUUCUAAAGAAGGAGUCGUAAAAGGCACAGUUCAGCCUUUUGAAUGAUGGUUUUUAAGGCGUAUUACAACCCUUUUUAUUGAAAAAACUAACUAGGGAAAUCAAUUAAGCAUAAUUCAAGAUCAGCGAUCUCGAUGUUUUUAACAUUAAAAGUGUUAAAAAAUGUUUAAAACAUUGAGAUCGCUGAUCUUGAAUUAAUAUGCUGAAUUGAUUUUCCUAGUUUUUUCAAUUAAAAGGGUUGUAAUGCGCUUUAAAACCCAUCAUUCAAAAGGCUGAACUGCGCCUUUUAACACUGAUCACUUUUCGGUUUCAGAAAACCAAUUAAAAACGUGUUCAUAUUAGGUAGGUACUUGGUCAGGUUUGAUAUUUUGCAUGUAUGAACCUGGAAAUUAAACCAACUCACUCUCCC